AUGAGUCUGGACUCUCUCUUCCAUCACAUCCUGCUCACAGAGCAACAGGCCAAAGACCAACGCCGGCUGCUCCACGAGGUGAAAUCAGAAACUGUCAGCUGUCAGAAGAAAAUCCGAGAUGUUUCAGAGAGUCUUAAAGAAGAAAAAACAGCUCUCGAAGCCAAGGUUUGUCUUCUGUCUGAAAAACGCUUUCAAAGGAUUCUCCUGACGAAGCGCCACAAAGUCCUUGAGACCCAGAAGGGUGAUCUGCAGAAGGAGAAGCAGGAACAUCUGUCGCAGGUUGAACAAAUAAAGAAGGACAUAGCUGAUGAACAGGAACGUUUUAUGAAGGACGUUUUGCGGUUUAACGAUGAGUAUGGUCUGACAAGUAACAGAGAUAUCCUGAUCAGAGAACAAGCUCAAACAGAGAGCCAGCAGUUAAAGGCAGAGAAAGAAACCCUCAUAAAUGAAAUCGAGUCCUUGAAAGGUGAAAAUGUCCGUAUGAGCAUGUUACAGCUGCACAGGGACUCAAUGAAAAAGGAAUUAGUGGGAUAUCAGCUCAGCCUGAAAGAUUUGGAAGAGAAGAUAUCUGAUGCCAUCGCAACAACUAAACACUUUGAAACUGAAAAGUUUGGUAUUAGCCAGAAGCCUCAGUCUGACACGGAGUGUUUAAGGCUGAAAAAAGAGCUGGAAUUGUAUAAAGAAGAGGGUUUAGAAAACGUCCAUGAGGCUUUGCGUGCAGAGAUUGAGUAUUUACAGAUGGAACUUUCGCAAAAAGUUGUGAAUGGAAAGUAG